GCCAAGCAUCGCCAUCACCUCAGGUUCUGACCUGGUCACGUGACUCAACAUCAGCUGCUUUGGGUAGGGAUAAAGGUAGCCAGAAAAUGGCGGACAGUGUGAGUGACUGGUUGGCAAAAUUGCGUUACUAGACGUCAACUGCUUCGCACUUAGCAAGGUUUAAACACGUUUCGGUUUAUUUUGUUCGUUAUCUUGUUUAAGCGCGUUUGCGGCUGCAGAGCGUCGUUAUGUUGGGCUUUGGCAGGCCAGAGAGGGGAGAUUGUGAAGGCCGGACCUGUUAUGAAGCGCUAGCACCAGGUUUCUACACUGCUAGCUCUCUGCUGCUAAUACUGCGCUAGCUAUCAAGAAUAUGGUAUCAAGUUUCCGUGUCUCAGAGCUCCAGGUACUGCUAGGUUUUGCUGGAAGGAACAAAAGUGGUCGCAAGCAUGAACUCCUGUUAAGGGCUUUACGCAAGCUCAAGAGUGACUAUAGUUCUGCUGUGCAGCACAAAAUCAAGGACCUUUAUCUCUGGAGAUCCCUAAGGAAGCUGGACGGUCUCAUUGAUUCGUCUGCUUUAAAAUAUCAUAUUAAUUCUAAAGAAAAGGCAGCGGUUAAGAGCUCAGCUGUUUCAUACUUGGCAAAUCCGCAGUUGCUGCCCUGUGAAUCAUCAGCAUUUUAUGAUUUAAAACCAAGGACAAACAUGCAGCAGUCUACCCAGCUCAUGCCUCCCGUCCACCCAGACGUCCAGAUGAAGUCCCUCCCGUUUUAUGACGUGUUGGAUGUUUUGAUUAAACCAUCAAGUCUAGGGGCCAGCACUGUCCAGAGGUUUCAUCAGGAAAAGUACUUUAUCUUUGCCUUGACCCCACAGCAAGUAAGAGAAGUCUGCAUAUCACGGGACUGUCUUCCUGGUGGCAGAAGAGACUACAUGGUUCAAAUUCAGCUCCGGUUCUGCCUUUCAGAGACAAGCUGCCCCCAGGAGGACAACUUUCCUAGUAGUCUUUGCAUCAAAGUCAAUGGAAAGCUCUUUCCUCUUCCAGGCUAUGCUCCACCUCCUAGGAAUGGUGUAGAACAGAAGAGACCAGGCAGACCUUUAAACAUCACAUCCCUCGUCAGAUUAUCAUCAGCAGUCCCCAACCAGAUAUCGGUCACAUGGGCACCUGAAAUUGGGAAGACGUACUCCCUGUCUGUGUACCUGGUGCGCCAGCUGACGUCACCAUUGUUACUGCAAAGAUUAAGAAUGAAAGGGAUCAGAAAUCCUGACCACUCCAGGGCACAAAUAAAGGAAAAGCUUACAGCAGACCCAGACAGUGAAAUAGCCACGACCAGUUUGCGAGUCUCGCUCAUGUGUCCGCUUGGAAAGAUGCGUCUUACAGUGCCCUGUCGAGCAGUUACCUGCUCUCACCUGCAGUGUUUCGAUGCUGCAUUGUACCUGCAAAUGAACGAAAAGAAGCCCACUUGGAUCUGCCCUGUAUGUGACAAGAAAGCCACAUAUGAGAGUCUGAUCAUAGAUGGACUCUUCAUGGAAAUUUUAAAUGACUGCACAGAUGUGGAUGAAAUCAAGUUCCAAGAGGAUGGGACCUGGUGUCCAAUGAGACCAAAGAAGGAGACUCUGAAAGUGUCAUCUCCAAGUGUACUUAAAAUUGAGUGUCCUGCCCCUGUGCGGCAGAGCACAGUGGUCCCUCACUCCGAACCGAGCAGCACCAAGAAGGCUGACGUUAUUGACCUGACGCAAGAAAGCUCUUCGGAGGAUGAAGCAGAGCCAGACCCUCCCUUGAAAAAACGCUGUGUCUACAUGUCCAAACCUGAGGAUAUGCACAGUAAAGGGGUCUUGACCUACCAGCCACCAACGGUUCGAGUGCCAAAUGUCCAAACACUGGACACCUCAUACCUAAGUUCCUCCAUCGCUGACUAUGCAGUUCCAUUUCAUCACUCAACAUUGUCUGCUAUUCCCACCGAUAUGCAAGGUCUUGAUUUAUUUUCGUUACUUCAAGCAGACCCACAGCAUUACCGGACUCCUGUGUUCCUGGACAAUCUCUCCAGCAGCAUCCAGAGUGGCGGCACCAGCUCCGGCCUCGUGUCCUCAUCAGUCCAGUACGAUUCGACUUCACAUCGAGGCAGUUCAAGUCACGACACAGGGGUCAUCACUGGCGCAACAAGUCUUUCAGACAUUAUCUCACUGGACUAAGAGAGCGUUUCUGUCUCCGAGGUAACCCAACGAACUGCCAUGCUAUACUUCCAAAAACACUCUGCCAGACACUGUUCGAUAUCAGAUUUACAACUGUGUUAGCUCACAUGCAAGUAGAUAAGAACAGUGGAGAAACGACAAGCUUGGAUCGGUAGUAGCAGCCAGUGCUAUUGAGGAGCCCUGAUGUCUUCUCUGCUUUCAAACUAUAUGAGGAGUUUAACAUUAUUAACAUUGACUUAUACCCACUGCCUUUCUUAACCCGACUGGACUAAACAAAACAGUUAUUGGGCAGCUGGACUGGGAACAUUAGACUCAUUGGGAAUUAAAGAGAAUAUUCUUUGUGGACAUGUA